AUGUUGUUCGCAAGAGCGUCGCGCUCCUUCGCGCGAGCGCUCUCGUCGACGCCGCGGCUGACCAAAAUCGUCGCCACCAUCGGUCCCGCCAGCGAGCAGGCCGAGCCGCUGGGCCGCUGCCUCGUGGCCGGGAUCAACGUGAUGCGCGUCAACUUCUCGCACGCGACGGUCGAUGAGUUCCACCUCCGCCGCACCAACCUGCGAGCGGCCGCGGGCGGCGAGCUCGUGCCCAUCAUGCUCGACACCAAGGGGCCCGAGAUCCGGAUGGGCGGCCUCGCGGUCUGCAAGGAGGGCGGCCGCAAGGCCAAGAUCACACUGACUGCUGGGGCAGAGGGCGACGAGAAGACGAUCUUCGUCGGGUACCCUCUGCUCGCGUCAAAGGUCUCGCCGGGGUUCGUGGUGCUGCUCGACGACGGGCUGGUCUCGCUGCGGGUGAAGGAGGUGCGGCCGGACGGGGGCGUCGCGUGCGAGGUGCUCAACACCUCGCCCAUCGGAGAGCGGAAGGGACUUCCGGUAGGCAUCGUGACGGACCUGCCGCCGCUCUCCGACAAGGACCUGGAGGACAUCCGCUUCGGCAUCGAGCACGACAUCGACAUGGUCGCCGCCUCCUUCGUCCGCAACGCCGCCGGCGUCGACGCCAUCCGAGCGCACAUAGCCGACUGCCACGCAAAGCACGCGCCGGACCCGUCCGCGCCGCCGCCGCUCAUCAUCUCGAAGGUCGAGUCGACCGAGGCGCUCGACCGGCUGGGCGAGAUCAUCGAGGCCUCCGACGGGCUGAUGGUUGCGCGCGGGGACCUGGGCGUGGAGGUGCCGAUUGCGCACGUGGCGACGUGGCAAAAGGAGAUGGUCGCAAAGUCGUCUCUUCACGCCCGUCGCUCGUGCACACAGGCGGGCAAGCCGGUGGUGGUCGCGACUCAGAUGCUCGACUCGAUGCAGUCGAACCCGCGGCCGACCCGCGCCGAGGUUGCCGACGUGACCAACGCGGUCCUCGAGCAGGCCGACGCGGUGAUGCUCUCCGGCGAGUCUGCAAACGGGCAGUACCCGGCCGAGGCUGUCGCGAUGCAGGCCCGG